GAAGGGCUGGGGCAUUUCGCGCAUCGGAUGGCCUUCCCUGCCAGAAGAGCGAGACGCACACGGCACUCGUGACUUGAGCCCAGAGGGUGGCAGGAGAAGCGGGAAGGACACGGAAUGGGAAGCAGCUGCGGAGCCAGGAGAGAAGCAGCAAAACAGUGAGAGGCAGUGCGCGAUGGCCACCUCCCAGCCUCCCCCGAGCUCUCCACUAGGAGACGGAGCCGUGCCGGCUGCUCUGGAGACCUCGGCGGACCCGGAGGAGGAUGUGGGGGAGGACUUUGACUUCGAGGACAGUGAGGAGGAGGAGGAGGAGGACAGUGGUGGACUGGUGGUGAGCCAUGCCCGGAUGGAGCUGGGCACGAGGGGCGCCCUGCAAGACCCGCCCCCGAGGCGGAGGUCCAGCGUCAGCGAGGACCUGGAGCCCUCGGAGGACUGGGAGGCCGAGGAGGCGCUGCUCGAGGGCCGGGUCCCCCUGACCCCCUCAGACUCCGGCACGAACCUCGCAGAUCACCUUGACCUGCAGACCCCGUCAGAGUUCCUGGGAGUCGUCAGCAAUGGAGAUGUGGGGGGCCCCUCCCAGCCUGGGACACGGAUCUACAGCUGGAAAAGGAAGAGUCUCCGGCGAGGUGGCCAGUUUAAUGCCCCAGCUUCAGAAGAGGAUGUGAUCUAUGAUGAGGUCCCCUGCGAAAAUGUGGAACUGAAUCAGCGUGAUUCGGAGCAGAGCCUGAUUUACGAAGAUGUCCAUCGUGACAAAGAGCCGCCAGAGGCCGAGGACCUAGUCUGGAGCUCCAGCGAGUUUGAGAGCUACAGCGAGGACUCCGGGGAAGAGAGCAAGCCGGGGACGGAAUCCGCGAAGCCGAAAGUGUCAUUCCAGCCAAAGCUUUCUCCCGACCUGCAUAGGCUCAAGGAGAGGUACUCAAGGACUAAGAGGGACAUUCUGGCUUUGAAAGUCGGGGGGAGAGAGAUGCAGGAGCUGAAGCAAAGAUACGAUUGUAAGAUGACGCAGCUGAUGAAGGCAGCCAAGAGCGGGACCAAGGAUGGCUUGGAGAAAACGAAGAUAGCCGUCAUGAGGACGUUUUUGCACAAGAAAGAAGUCCCAGGGGACGGAGAGGCAGGCGGGGGCGCGCCGGAGGUCGGACGGAAGAGCUCGCUGUCCUGGACUGGGGAGCUCUCCAAGGCCCACGGGCUGUGUGCAGAGAGAGGUGAUUCUGAAGAGGAGGACAUGGGGUUCCUGGAGGUCCCGGUGACGGACAUGAAGCAGCCGCUCCCCGAGCUGGGGCCGAUGCCUGAAGGACUGACUCCGCAGCAGGUCGUCCGGCGCCACAUCCUGGGCUCCAUCGUGCAGAGCGAGAGAGGCUACGUGGACUCCUUGCGGCGGAUCUUGCAGGAUUACAGAAACCCUCUGAUGGAGAUGGAGCCCAAAGCCCUCAGCGUGCGCAAGUGCCAGGCCGUGUUCUUCCGGGUCAAGGAGAUCCUGCAGUGCCACUCCAUGUUCCAGAUCGCCCUGUCUUCGCGCGUGGCGGAGUGGGACGCCGCGGAGAAGAUCGGUGACCUCUUUGUGGCUUCGUUUUCCAAGUCGAUGGUGCUGGACGUGUACAGUGAGUAUGUCAACAACUUCACCAGCGCCAUGGCCCUGAUCAAGAAGGCCUGCCUCACCAAGCCCGCCUUCCUGGAGUUCCUCAAGAAGCGGCAGAUGGCCAGCGUGGACCGAGUGACCCUCUACGGGCUGAUGGUGAAACCCAUCCAGAGGUUCCCUCAGUUUAUCCUCCUCCUGCAGGACAUGCUGAAGAACACGCCCAAGGGCCACGCGGACCGGCUGUCCCUCCAGCUCGCCCUGACCGAGCUGGAGACCUUGGCGGAGAGGCUGAACGAGCAGAAGCGGCUGGCGGACCAGCUGGUGGAGAUCCAGCAGCUGACCAAGAGCGUCAGCGACCGCAGCAGCCUCAACAAGUUAUUAAAUUCAGGUCAGCGACAGCUUUUACUUUGCGAGACCCUGACGGAGACUGUUUACGGUGACCGGGGUCAACUCAUCAAGUCGAAGGAGCGGAAGGUGUUCCUGCUGAACGACAUGCUGGUGUGCAGCAAUAUCAAUUUCAAGGGGCAGCUCGAAAUCAGCAGCCUCGUCCCACUGGGGCCCAAGUACAUCGUGAAGUGGAACGCGGCCCUCCCACAGGUCCAGGUGGUGGAGGUUGGGCAGGAGAGCAGCGCCCACGACAAGGACGUCGCCGUCACCCAGAACAUCGGGUCGCGGAAGCACGCGCCGAGCAGCCAGGCCACACACAAUAAGGUCUUUUUGGGCCCACCUCGUCUGUUCCAGGAGCUGCAAGACCUGCAGAAGGACCUGGCUGUCGUGGAACAGAUAACGCUGCUGAUCAGCACCCUCCAUGGCACGUACCAGAACUUGAACAUGACGGUGGCUCAGGACUGGUGCUUAGCCCUCCAGAGGCUGAUGAGGGUGAAGGAGGAGGAGAUCCAUUCUGCCAACAAGUGCCGCCUCCGCCUCCUGCUUCCGGGGAAGCCAGACAAGUCUGGGCGCCCCGUCAGCGUCAUGGUGGUCUUCAUCACUCCCAACCCCCUCAGCAAAAUCUCCUGGGUGAAUCGCUUGCACUUGGCCAAAAUUGCUCUCCGGGAAGAGAACCAGCCAGGAUGGUUGUGUCCCGAGGAGGACAAAAAGAGCAAAGCUCCCUUCUGGUGCCCGAUCCUGGUCUGCCGGCUCCCGGCCUUCUCCUCCAGGGCGCUUGACCUGCAGCUGGGGACGGCCGUGCACAGUCCAGUCCAGUCUUCCCUGCUGGGUUUCUCCGCUGUCAGCACUUCCCUGCCCCAAGGCUACCUCUGGGUCGGGGGCGGCCAGGAGGGGGCCGGGGGGCAGGUAGAGAUCUUCUCCCUGAACCGGCCGGUGCCUCGGACAGUCAAGUCCUUCCCCGUGGCCUCCCUAGUUCUCUGUUCAGAAUACAUUCCUGAGAGGAGCGAGGAGGGAAAGAGCGAGGACGCGCAGACGGCCACCGACCGCCAGCCCGUCCUGGCACAGCCGGCCAUCUGCCUUGGGCUCCAGGAUGGCAGCAUCCUGGUUUACGGAAGCGUGGACACUGGGACGCAGUGCUUGUUGUCAGGGAAAAGCCCUGGGCUUCAGCCAGUCCUUUGCCUGAAGCACAACCCCGAUUACCUCUUCGCCGGCCUGCAGAAUGGGACCGUCGCCGCUUACCCCAGGAGCACUGGGGGACUCUGGGACUUGGAAGCUGAGCCCUCUUGUCUGACGGUGGGGCUGGAGCCGGUGCGGACCCUGCUGACCUUGGAAGAUGCCCUCUGGGCCAGCUGUGGCAACCAAGUCACUGUGUUCGACGCAGCCAGCCUGAAGGCACAGCAAACCUUCGAGGCGCACCCGGAGGAGUGCGCCAGCGUCACCCACAUGCUCAAGGCCGGCAGCGGCGUCUGGAUGGCCUUCUCGCUGGGCUCCUCCAUCCGCCUCUUCCACACCGAAACCCUGGAGCUGCUGCAGGAGAUCAACGUUGCCACGCGGACCACGUUCGCCCUGCCAGGCCAGAAGAACGUCCGGGUCACGAGCCUCCUGAUUUGCCAGGGCCUUCUGUGGGUUGGCACCGACCAAGGCAUCUUGGUUCUCUUGCCGGUGCCCCGGUUGGAGGGGAUCCCCAAGAUCACAGGGAAGGGCAUGGUGUCCCUCAACGGCCACUGCGGCCCCGUGGAGUUCCUGGCCGUGGCCCUCAGCACGCUGGCGCCGGAAGUCCUGAAGAGCGACCAGGAGGAAGACCCGCUGGCCGGACCCCCGUCCGCGGCGGAGGAGAAGAGCGGCGGGCGGCCUUCGGAGGUGGCCGCCCCGGAGAGCCCCCCGACGCGGGAGAUGCGGAAGAAGGGCCUGCUCUUGCAGUACCGCCUCCGAUCCACGGCCCACCUACCCGGGCAGCUGCUCUCGGUGCGCGAGACGCCCUCCGCCGCGGCCGGGGGCGCCCCGGAGCACACGGAGGAGGACGGCUCCAUCUACGAGAUGGCCGACGACCCCGACAUCUGGGUGCGCAGCCGGCCGUGUGCCCGGGACGCUCACCGCAAGGAGAUUUCCUCCCUGGCGAUCAUCUCCGGAGGGAGAGGCUACCGGAACUUCAGCCCCAGCGGCAAACCUCCAGCCGGCUGCGAAGCAGACAGCACGUUACUCAUGUGGCAAGUUCCCCUGAUGCUAUAGCCCCGGCUGCCUGUCUGCCUGCCUGCCUGCCUGCCUGCCUGCCUUCUCCCCAGGACUGCUCUUUCUCCUUCCCUCCCGGCUGCGCUUCGGAGCAGCCGCACCUUCGCACGGUGGUGGAUCUCGGGCCCCUGCUCUCUGGACACACCCCUCGCCUUCCAGACUCGCCAGGGGAAGGGCUUGCCUGGCCUGGCCUGGCGAAGGAGCGACCCUGUUCCCCCUCCCUCACUUCAGACUCCGUCUGUGCUCUCCCGAAGAGUCCUCUUCAGCGUUCAAGAUCCUCUUUCCUUUUGUUCGCCUCUGUUCCUCCUCCUCCUCCUCCUCCUCCUCCUCGAGAAGCCGGCUCGCGUUGCUGGCAGCCCUUUCCAGAUGGCAUAGGAACCAGUUGGGCUCCCUGCAGGUUUCGGAGCCGACAGUUUCCUCACCUGAGGGUUUGUGUACUGACGUGUGAAUAAUAUAUAUAUCUAUAUCUAUAUAGAUUAUAUAUAUAUAAAAACAUGAAAAUGCUGUAUAUUAUUAGACUGUACAAACAAAAUCUGUAUAUAUAGGGUGCAUCUUCAGAUGCAGAAAUAAAGGUGGCUGAAACAGGA